AUGUCCACAAAUCCUGUGUAUCACAAUUUGUCUUGGGAUACUUCCUUCCAAAACUCUCAGCAACGACAUUACAGACAGUGUGAUUUUAACUGCCUAUGCUGUGCAAGAAUGCAACUUGGGUUUUACUGUGCUUGCAAUACAUCGAAGGAGUCUCGCUCAUCACAGACCAUCGAGUAUGACACCCUGCCCCAGACAAUGGACGAGGCAAGAUUGUGGAAAAAGGGCACCACUGAACACACAUCUCUGCAAAGCUUGAUCACCAAGGUCAUCCAAAAAUACAAUCUAAAGGACUCCAAAGACCCUCAUCUACCAUCAGCAAUUAAAGAAAUCAUGCUGCUGCUUGGAAAGUCAUUCCAAUCACCCCAGACUACGGACAACGAAAAAAAAGUUAAAAACAGACUUCUGAAAUCACUAGAGUGGAGGAGAUAUUACUCCAGAAAAAGGGCCUCCGCAAUCUCCACAGGAAAGUCAAUUCGUGACUUGGUUAAGAGAAGACGGAAUGAAGACAACACAGAUAAGGAGAAUCUCCUUGAAGAGGAUCUGCAUGAUGUUGGGUGUGACAACCGUGCAUUUGAGGGGGAUUCUAGUGACAGUGAUGUCCCACUUGCAGAACUAGUAAAGAAGAACAAGUGACAAGUGUUUUGAACUAAAAGACUAAGUGAAUUGUGACCAGAUUACAUAUAUCAGAAUUGUGAAACAUAUGAAUUUGUUUUCUGUUACCAUGAUUCCAAUUACUGUUGAUGUAAUUUAAUAAAUAAAUUUAAACAUUAUGUAUUACUGCAGUUACGCUUUUAAAUAUUUCAUUGUCAUAUUCAUGAAGUGCAUGCUAAAGGCCUUAGACUCUAUAAUAUAAAGCUGGCUCCAUACUUAUUUCACAACAUAGAUAUGCUAGGAAAUGUAUCAAUCUGAAAUUGAUAAUACCUAUUAUCCAGUCAAUCUUGUUUAUGCAUAAUAUACAAGCACACCAGUGAUUAUAUAAUCCCUAUUCGCUCCAAAGCACACAAUAUACAAGUAUUAGUAAUAGUCAGUAAAUAGGAGGUUAAAGAUAUUGUAGAGCAAUUAACUUAUACACGCACACACUGUCAAACAGUAGUAAUAAUCUGAUUGUAGCUUAGUAUGAUUCUAACCGAUUGUGGAACUACAGACAAAACAACAGGAGUAAUAAAAUAAUGAAAUAUUGUCAAAUUAAACCAAGAUUAAACGAUCAACAAUAAAACUAACCAAAUCCUUCCUAGUAAGCUUCGUCAAUAUUUGUUAAAAAGCUUACAAUAUGUUAAUUUCAUGUAAUAUGUUCUCUGUCUAAAAGUAGCUCUGUUGAUAUAUACAUAAUUGUAUGAAGUGGUAUCCUCUGUGAUUUUCCUCUUUUUUGUAUGUAUGAUGUACCUUCAGAAUCUAUGAGCUACAUAGCUCCUUUGGUCAACGAAGAAAGUCAUAAACAGCCAUCUGUUUACCCAACACCUCAUUAUUUAUAGGCUAGGCUACAUAUAAUAAUGACAUUGUGUCACUGCAAUGUUUUGAAAUUUUCUUUGAUAUGCGCACAUGGAUGACAACUACAAUUAUUGCUUUACAAAUCAGUUACCAAUGGACGUGCACUGAUUCGAUAAAAGGUGUUUUGUUUGUUCUAGGUUUUUUUUUUACCAUAUAUCAAAUCGCAUUUAACAGAGUAAACUCGGAAAUGUUAAAAAGAGAAAAAUAUGGUCACUUUCUCAUGCUUUGCAGAAAAUCAAGCCUCCCUCUGAAACAUAUACUAUCGUGAUUAAGAAGCUAAGCUGAAAACAAUCUUAAAACAAUAUAUAUGCAUCUCAAACAGGCUAUU